UGAGAAUUUAUUGCUUUUAGUUUUAGGUGUGGAUCAUGACUUAGGGGCCCAAAUUUACAAUCUAGAAUUCAUAGAGUUUUGGUAUUUUAAUUUGGUCUCUUGGCCUGUAUUUAUGGGGCCUGGGGACUUAUUUUGGGACCUCUGAGUGCUCAAAGGAUCACCAUGGGGAAAAUGAGGCUGCCUGUCACACUGCAUUCCUCCUGGAAUCCCAGAGGUUACUAAUAAUUCUUUCUUUUUCCCUCUUUGCAGAUGUGGGGUUCCAGCAAAUACCUAUGCUCCCCUGAACGGCCCAGAGCCAGUUCCCUGAGUCUCAGUGACAGGUAUACCAGAUUCCAUUUUGGAUGUCUUAACCAAAACCAGCUCUUGCCUCAAAACAGGAGGCAGAGGAAAAAUCACACCAGCAAACUGCAAGAGCUGGCAUUGUUGCUACCCGUGGCCCUGAGGACAGGUACCAAGAAACUCACCAAGAAGGAGAUUCUGCUGCACGUCCUGCACUACAUUCAGUACCUCCAGAGAAGCAUCGAUGUGGCCAAGGCCUUGCUCAAAUUCCACACCACCAAUGGGGAAGGUGGACUUGGGGGGCUGGGCCGGAAGCCCGCCGCAGGCCCAGCAGGGCGGAGACACUCCACCCCAUCUAGCUCUCCACGCUCUUAUAAGUCUCAUCUUCAGGGAGCCUGCCUGAAACCUCGGAAGAAGAAGGCAGCCCGAGUGUCAGAAGGCCAGACCCAGGCCCAGAACCCUCGUCGCUGUCUGGCCUUGGACAAGCCUGAGAAGGAGGUGACCCCAUCCCCAGACCAGAAAGAAAGAAACGUGGUGGGAACCACCACCCCUCCAAGAUGCCCCGACUCCUACAGUCACCCCAAGGCUGCGUCAUCCCUGUCUCAAGGUGACAGAAAGGGAGGAUGAUUCCAGUUGACAUUGCUGGAUAUGGCUGAGAACAGUGUCCUCUGUGACAUCUCAAGCUGCUGGGGCAAAAACAGUGCCCAGGACGUGCAGCCUUACCCUGCCUUCAAGGGCCAGCAAGGGGCUGAGAGGACCCAUUUUCUCAACAGGACACAGAAUUGCCCCAGGCAGACGCUGGUAUUCUACGACUCCAGUGAGGAGGUGGACAAGGAGUCCCUAGAUGCCGACCCUUGGCUUCCUGCCUGGAUCCUGGAGGGCAGCCCCCAUGGGAGCCCACUGGCCUUGGGGCCUCCACAGAUGGAGACCUGGAGUGUGACAGGCCACCCGAGCGAGAUCCUAGGGUUCAGCCCCUCCCUCUUCAGCUCGCCAGGGAAACUGCUGCCAGAACAGAUCUUGGAGGACGGCACUGAGUACCUGACCCAAGCUCUCUUUGAAGAAGCAUUCUUAAAUCCUGAGUCUCCACCUUCUGCCUGCAUGCUCGAGGUACCACAGGAGAAGGACACACCCCCUGAGGCUUGGGAAGACCUUCCUGACUCCCAUAGCCUGUGUCAGUCCUCGAUCUCAAUGGACCGCUGCUACCUCUCGCUGAGUGAGAACAGCAAGGAGCCAUCUAGCCCCAGCUCGGAGGACAGAGACUCAGAUUUGGGGUGGAGGCAGCAGGAGGACACUCAGGCUGACCUCAAGGGCCUGCAGUCCUCCAGUGAAGAGGACGGGGACUACACAUGGACCCCAACCCGGAGGGCCUCAACUCUGCCUGCAGCUGGAAGGAAGGCCAGGAAGGGCCAGGCGGGCAGGGGCCCUGUGAAGCCCAAGGAAAGCAAGAAAGCCCCCUGCCUCACCCAGACGAAGAAGAAGUGUGUCAAUGGCUUCAUCAUGUUCUGCAGGAUGAACAGGAAGCAGUACAUCCGAGCCUGCCCUGGGACUGCAUCCACCACUGCCACCAAGGAGCUGGCCCAACUCUGGCGGGUGAUGACCCUGCAGGAGCGGAGACCAUACUGCAUCAAAGCACGCAGGUUCAGCCGCCAGCACAACCGCAUCGUGAAGCAGGACAGCUCCAGCAGCGAUGAUGAGGACUGGGGGACCCCCAAGCCAUUCUACCAGCUGCUGGCCGAGAAGGCCCGCUGCUCCUCAGACCCUGCCUCUCUGCUGCCUCCUCACCACAUGUGAGGGCGACCCCACUGUGGUCUCCCGCCCACCCCUACCUCCUGCAGCUCUCCUUUGAAAACAGGAGCCAGUGAUAAAGAGGUUGUCCUAUCCUGGGCCUCAGCCCCACUAAUGCAGUUCUCCUUGGUGAGGUCCCCCAGGGCUAGGGGUGCCGUAUUUACUGACCCCAAUGCUUUGUGCAUUUGCCUUACACGGGGGCAGCCUGAACUUCACCUGCCUGCCUUCUGCCAACCUUCUCACAACCCCUUUCUACCCCAGGGGCCUCUCCCAGGAGCUGCAGGGUGGAGGCAGGAGCCCUGAAUGAAAUGCAGGGAAGUGAAGUUUUCCCCUGCCCUUCCUCCGCCCACCCCAGAAUCAAAUGGUUUCAACCCUGUUCAGUCUCACCUCACUCUACUCCUCCCAACCUGUUCUAUUUAUAGAUUAUCUAUUGUUUUCAACAAAAUAAAGUAGAAACAUUGUUACCAGCAAGAGACAAGGCAGGCUCCCAGGUGCCCUGCUUCCUCAGCCCUGGGAAGCACUCCUUCCAGGCCCAUCAGUUUGAAAGAAACCCCACUGUGGGAACCUUCUCU